CACUCGACAGCGAUGACACUGGAACUGACCUACACCUCUACCGGGAUGUUUCUACAACAAAACAACAUCUUCUGAAGAACACACCUCAUUGACGAGCAUCCCGAUAGCGAGCGAGAACAACGGCGACUUUCACCGACGCUUAUACAAUUUCCAGUCCAGGUUGACGACAGCCAUUUAACAAACAGCCGAUCUCUUUCUCAUUUACCCCGCCGUCAACCAUCCAUCAACUCGGCCAUCACCUACCACCACAAACAACACAACCGGGCGUCGCAAACGAGUUCACAACCAAAAGACCGAAACCAUGGCCGCCGCUACGGUCAACCCGUUGAUGUCGACCCUAAAGUCAGACAGCAGUCUACAAGUAGCUCUACACCCGCUGCCCAUCCUUGAGAUUUCCGACUACAUCACACGCAGCUACCUACGCGGCUACAAGGGCGCUAUCGUAGGUGCCCUCAUCGGCCAGCAAAAUGGCCGCCAGAUCACCAUCGAGCACAGCUUCUCGGUCAAGACCGAACACACUGGACAGAACUACAAGGUUGAUUCGGAGUGGUUUACGGCUCGCCUGGACCAAAUGAAAGCCGUCCACAAGGAUCGUGCCCUCGACUUUGUCGGAUGGUACACCUUAGUGCCCAAGAGUGGUCCUACCGACGCCCAUCUCCCAAUACACAGCUACUUUUACUCACAAAACGAGUCCGCCGUGCUUCUGGGCUUUCACAUCCACGAAAUCCUGAACCCCGUGGCCGGCGAUCCCCUACCUUUGACGAUAUACGAGAGCAACCUGGAGAUUGUCGAUGGCACCGAGGCCAGCACUGUGGAAGUGGAAGGCGAAGAUAGAGAGAUGAAGGAUGUCACAGCCGAGCCCUCAAGAUCCAUCAAGUUCCGGGAACUUCCCUACACCACAGAAACGGGUGAAGCCGAGAUGAUCGCCUUGGAAUUCGUGCGGGAAGGUGGCAGUGCGAACGUUACCACUACCGCAACCAACAUAACAGCCACCGAGGACGAGGGCUCCGACAAGCCUCUCAUGAAGAAAGUUGUCGACACAAACAAGGGCAGCAAACGACGCGCCGUGAGCUCAGAUGAUGCUGCGGCAGAAGCACCCACAACAAGUAGCGCCGCCAAAGGAACCGCAACAGAUAAAAACAGAGACGCCAACCUCACCAAGGCCGAACUAGAUUACAUGUCGGCUCUCCAAGCCAAGUACAAUGCCGUGCAGAUGAUGAAGAAGCGACUCGACACCGUCAUCUCCUACCUCCAACGCCUACCCCCCGAUUACCUUUCCAGCGGAGACGCCUCCUCCCAACAACAGCAGCAGCAGCAGCAGCAGCAGCAAACAGAGGGCUUAGACCAGCCCCAGUACACGGUUCCCUCGAACAAAAUUCUUCGCCAGAUCCAAGCGCUGGUGACCAACGUCCAGCUAGUCAUGUCCAACUCGACUUCAGGGCAAGGACAAGGACAAGGAGAGAGGGACACGGAUCUCGGCGCGUUAGAAAAGGAGCUGCUCAAGGAAACCAACGACGUCAAGCUCGUCGAGCUGAUUGCCGACCUGAUGAGCAGCGUCAAAGACAUGAAGGAAGUGGGCAAGAAGUUCCACGUGGUCGAGACAGCCAAGAAUAGCAAGCGGCGCGAACAGGCUUCACACGGCGGCGGAGAACGAUUCAAUCCCCACCACCCAUACCCGGGCGGCGGCGGCGGCAGCAGCAUGAUGAGAGAGCACGCCGGCUUGGUUGGCGAGGGUUCUGCUUCUGGUUCUGGUGGUUCAGGUCCUGCUGGUGAUUUGGCUAGGUUCGAUCACUAGGGGUUUUCGCGCUAGGAUGCUGUUCAAUACGAAAGACUUUGAACUUAUCAAAUGAUCGUUGGCUUUGCCAGCCACUGGAAUUUGCCGUUUCAGUUGCUACGUUUGAUACUGUAGCCAGGGAUGUUUCAAUGUGCCGGAGUUCGAAAGCUACAGUACAUCAUGACCUGCCCUACGAUGCCUUGAAAACAAAAUCAUGGGCGUCAUUACUAUGGUAGUCUAGCUGGGAUGCGCUUGCAAGCAGGAGGGAGCGAGUUCACGAUCCAUUUUUAUUUUUUCGACCUGGACCUGGUGUGGAUAACCCUUCAGGUAGAUGCUGCCGGAUGGGGUAUUUUUUAUGAUGAUGCAUGACGACGACGAUGACAGAACAAAACAAAUACAAUAGAUGAGCAGGGGCUGUGUACUAGGGAAAGAGGCUGGCGACGAACGAUCGGCUCAGAUCAAAGCAGCAAUUAGCACUUCGUUGAGAAACUCGGAUAAUCGAAAGUACAUGCAUAACCAUAACCAUAACCAUACUAUAACCAUACCAUAACUAUAC